ACAGGGAGUUUUAAAUUUAGCCGAAGUUGCUACUGCGUCUAAACGUCUUCCUAAACUUGCGCGUGGUUCUUUGCCUGUGUUUACGCCCAUAGGCUUUCUAAAAGACCAGAGAAUGACCAAGAAACACAACCAUAGUCCCGUCCAGAGGACGAACGACAGCAGCAUCGUUAGCAAGUGCUCCAUGGCUUCAAGGGGAUACGUGACGGACCAUUUCACCAAACGUUUUGUGGCCAAGAGCGCCCGGAGGUCACCCCUCAUCAACCGAGGCUACUACGUUCGAGCCAAGUGCAUGUCCCAGCUUUUCGAAGCCUUCUGCUCUGCCUUCGGGAAGGAGACUUGCCAAGUCCUCUCCCUGGGUGCCGGCUACGACGCCAACUACUUCAGGCUGAAAGCGGCCGGCGCGUUGCCAGUAAAUUGUCGUUACUUCGAAGUGGACCUCCCGUUAGUGGUCGCAAACAAGAAGAGCGUCAUUGAAAGUUGUACCGAUCUCUGUUCGCUGGCCAAGGCGGUGACUUCGGGGUCCCUGUCGCAGUACCGUCUCUUGGGUCAGGACAUUCGCGACAUCGAACGCUUGGAGUCCGGGUUACGAGCAGAAGGCCUGGACUUUAGCGUGCCGACCCUCGUGUUGGCGGAGUGCGUGCUUUCGUACCUGGACACGAAGCACUCCGACAGAAUCGUCGAGUGGACGUCAAGCGCGUUCCAACACGUAGCCCUGGCGGUUUACGAACAGGUCGAGCCGAACGACGCCUUCGGGAUCGUCAUGACGGGGCACUUCGAGUCGCUCGGCUCGCCGCUCCUGUCGCUCGGCGAGUACCCGAAUGUGGCGUCUCUCAGGGACAGGUACUUGGCUCGUAGCUACGAGUCGUGCGAGUGCGUUAGCGUGGCCGAGUACCUGUGGUCGCUGGACGCCAAGGAAGCGCUGCGGUUUCAGCAACUCGAGCCUUUCGACGAGUUCGAGGAGUGGCUCGAAAAAUGCGCCCACUACGUUUUCGCCUUGUCCAGGAAAGGGUGCGUCUUCGAGGGCUUUCUUCCUGAAGGCAUCGCGCGGAGCUCGUACGCUUGUGCGCCCACGUACUCGACCUCAGGGCCCGUCGACUGGACGCUUCACGGCGUGUACUCGAGCUUGCGUCGAUUUGGUCAUUCGUCUGCACUGACGACGGACGGCAAAGUGCUGACGGCGGGCGGCUUUGCCGAAAACUCUGGAAAACACUCGCGCGUCUUCGAGCCCGUCCUGACGGACCCAACGACCUUUCAGUCGGAACCAAUCAGUGUGUGCAUAGAGGGUAGACAGCACUUCGCCGUGUUAUGUUUAGACGACGGCCGCGUUUUGGUAAACGGCGGUCGCACGUCACCUCUUCGGUCGUGUGACGUCGACGUCGUCCUGAUCCCAUCUCCCGAAGGGUCGUACGUUGCCGAGGGGUCUCAGUUUGUUCACACACCCCCGGCAAGAUGGCGGCACACCCUGACAAAACUGAGAAGUUCAGAGGGCCGCGAAAAGACAGUCCUGUUUGGUGGUCGGACGCCGUGCGAAGCCGCUUUGAGUGAUACUUACGUCUUAGACGUAGGCGAAGGGUCGUGGAGCGAAGUGCCCCAAGGCGGUUUGGUGUGGCCCGAGCCACGACACAGUCACGCUGCCGUUGCUUCGCACGAUAACUCCUCCUUGAUCGUCACAUGCGGAUUGUCGAGCAGAGAGAAACCUCUGAACUGCGUGUACAGCUUUCACCUCGCUACGCUAACCUGGGAAGAGAUUCCUGUGGACGGACUUCUUCCUAGGUUUGGUCAUACCGCACACCUCAUAAGCUCAACCACAGUGGUGCUGGUUGGUGGUGUCAGCGGCAGGAGCGGAGAGCCCUGUGGUCUCGCAACCAUAGACCUGGUUUCCAUGCUUUGCAGGGAAGUGUCGCUCCCCGGGCAGGAUCCGGAGCGUCCUUUUAUGACCUUCGGCCACAGCAGCGUGCUUAUCGAAGAUUCAGAUGGGGUUUCUAGAAUUCUCAUUAUUGGCGGUGGAGGAAACUGCUUCUCAUUCGGCACCCACUUCAAUCGUCACAUUGCAACAAUCGAUGUGAGGAGACUGUUGGAGUGCGAGGCGUGAAUUGUGUGCAGCUUUAUUUUGUACAGAUGUAACGGUAGAUAUUAAUGUACAGAUGACGAUUUGCUCUGCCUGGACUUACUGCUCGCUUAGACUUUUGCUGUCGUGCUUGUGCCGCGGAAUCCAGAAAAACCAAUGCUUCUCAAACGUGGACAUCACAUCUGUAGCUUUCAGGCCCUGAAAUACGAGCAGACAUCUGUUAGCUGCAAGAACUUUAGUCAUGAAGGAGCGCUCCAAAUCGGUAAUUUACUGGUCAUUGAACCACAAUUCAGCCUUACUUUCCCCCCUUCUAUCAUCCAUCCACACAAUGGGCUUAGGAAUAGAAGGCAUUUUUCGAUGAUAUCAAUGACUAAUAUGCACCGCUAUACGCAUUAUUUUAAACACACUAUAAGAACACUUUGAACCAUUUCUUUUUAAAUACUAAUCGACUAUGUUUAAUUUCAAUGUUCACGCGCGAUAUCUUUAAAAUAUGUUGACUGCUGACCGACAGGUCACAAGAUUAAAGGCCAACUGUAACGAAAUUUUACUUGGGCGCGAACGGCCAUAAAUACAUAGUAUAUUCACGGUAAGUUAUGAUUGCGACAGUGAAAAAUCUUGCAGUCGCGUAUUUAAUUUAUAAAUGGUGCUCUAAUUGCCAGCAAGCAGAUGACGCGGAGCUCAAGCGGUGUGCCCAGGCAAAUCGAACAGAACCGGAUAUGACGAUUACUACACAACAACGCCAUGUCGCUCCUUGUGAGCAAUCCUCCCUGCAGCUGAAUCGCUCUGUCCUGCAAUGAAAGCGGUUUUAAUGCAGCACGUUGAAAACGCGCCUGUGCGUUUGUGCUGCCUUGGUACCGCCUAAGGACAGCCCGUUCGAAACGAGUUCAUGUUGCACUGAAGUCGACCGCAAGUCAAGUUCAAGUCAAGCAGCAUUUCUGAAUACGGGGGUCGGACACUGCAAAACCACCAGUGGGAAGCCCGAACCAGCGUUCGAUAACAGGAAUUGUUCACAGCAGCUUCUUAAGUUAACAUAGCAAAAACACACACACUAAGGGGUGCGUCCGCAAUGUGCAUGCUCAAGGAGCGCAGAGCAGACAAUUUUUCUGUCAUUCACGUCACUUCUCCUCAGCCGUAAUCGUGUCGUUUUUUUCUAGUUUCAGUCUCAAAAACACCGUCGUUUGCAAGCUUUUUUUUUUACUUUAAGGUAAGUGCUUGUAUUUCGAAGGUGACAUUUGGCAGGCAGCACUACCUUCAGCUAGACUACCUAUAUUAUGACUUUUUGCGGAGUGCCAAAUUUUGUUGCAGUUGGCCUUUAAGUCCCGGCUGCAGCAGCCGCAUUUUCAAUGGCAGCGAAAAUGCUUGAGACCCAUGUACUCAUAUAUAGGUGCUUGUUAAAGAACUCUAGGUGGUCGAAAUUUCCGGGGCCCUCCACAACAACGUCUCUCAUCAUAUCGUGGUUUUGGGACGUUAAACCCUAUCCAUCAUUACUGAGUUUUCAAAACUCCUGGCAUAUUUUAGAUCAAUGUAAUGGUUUUUAAUAGGUCAUACCUAAAUUAAUUAAGGAGUGCCUGAAAUGGUUUUUGCAAUUCUGUACAAAUAAAUUAAGCCAAUAUCACAGGUCCCUUCAGAUCACUGGCAGAUUGAUAAUGAUAAAGGCACUCAGAGUAAAGAGUGUAAUUUAAUACAAGGACAAUAUGCAAAUUUCUGCAAGUUGCUAUUUUUAGCCACCCUUGCCUACAGCACAUUGCAUGUGUGGGCAACUUAACAGUGGUGACUGAUUUGAUGAAGUGUCCUGCUGAUGAUCAUGAAUAAGUUCUCCAACCUAACUGUGAAAAAAUGCUAGUAGAUGUUUCAACUGU